GGAGAGAAGCGAAUGCGUCUGCAAUUGAAGACCGAUUUCAGGGCAAGCUUUUGCUGACAAUGAACUUUGAUUUUGGGAGUCUGUGGCUCCCGGUUCCCGGAACAUGCAAGAGAUGGUCCUGUGGAUGUUAAUGUCCUGUGGAUGUUAACUGUCUCCGCAGUGAAGAUGACUUUGCCGUUCCCUGCAACGCACUGAUUCCACCAUGCCCAUCAUUUCCCGAGGCAGCGACAACUACAGUAACCUGAGCGACUCGUCGUGUAGUACCUUGAAUCAAAUUGCUCCGUUAAUACACGCUGAGACUUGCCCUGCCAAAGGGGCUUUCUAUCGACGGUCCGCAAGGGUCCGCCGUGCAAGUCAAGCGAGCUCCACCGAUCAGAAGCGACACAUCAUCCUCAACGUGGGGGGCACCAAGUACUUGGUGCCUUGGCUAACUUUGGAUGAGUUCCCACUGACCAGACUCGGGAGAUUAAAGUUUUGCCGCAACUAUGAAGAAGUCGUGCAGAUCUGCGACGAUUACGACGAGGCGUCCAACGAGUAUUUCUUCGACCGGAACCCGUGCGCUUUUCGCAUGAUCAUCACUUUCAUAUCUGCGGGGAAGCUGCGGCUUCUGAGGGAGAUGUGCGCCCUUUCCUUCCAAGAAGAGCUGGCGUACUGGGGCGUGGAUGAGGCCAACCUUGAGGCAUGUUGCCGCAGGAAGCUCAUUCAGAGAGCCCGAGAGGUGGCCAAUAUCAGGCGGGGAGAGGCAGUGGAGGUGGAGGACGAUGAGAUCAAUGUCCUCCCGGUCGCCAACAGCAAGUUGAGUCAUUUCAUGAACAAACUCCGAGAUAUGGUGGAGAAUCCUCAGUCCGGACUUCCUGGCAAAGUGUUUGCCUGCGUCUCCAUUAUAUUUGUCACUAUAACGGUAGUUAGUCUUUGCAUUAGUACAAUGCCAGAUUUAAAGUCGGAAGAAGACCGGGAUAAAUGUUCCCAGAGGUGCUAUAACAUGUUUAUAAUAGAAACCAUCUGCGUAGCCUGGUUUUCCCUGGAGUUUGUGUUACGUUUUAUUCAGGCUCGAAGCAAGUGGCAGUUUCUGCGGGGCCCCUUGAACAUCAUCGACAUAUUGGCAAUUCUUCCGUAUUACGUGUCGCUCCUGGUCGACAAAGGACCUGGGGACGGUUACAAAUCUUCAGGAAGCAACAUCUAUUUGGAAAAACUGGGGCUGGUGCUCCGAAUAUUGCGGGCCUUGAGGAUUUUGUACGUCAUGCGCCUGGCCAGGCAUUCCUUGGGACUUCAGACGUUGGGCCUUACCGUUCGGCGCAGCAUCCGUGAGUUUGGACUCCUGCUUCUCUUCCUCUGUGUGUCCGUCACGCUGUUUGCGCCUCUCGUGUACCUUGCGGAGAAUAAGGUGGAGAAAGGAGGAGGCUUCAGCAGCAUCCCGGCCUCCUAUUGGUGGGCCAUCAUUUCCAUGACGACGGUCGGAUACGGUGACAUGGUGCCUCAGAGUAUACCAGGUCGGGUGGUGGCUCUGAGCAGCAUCCUCAGCGGGAUCCUCAUAAUGGCAUUUCCCGCAACCUCUAUUUUCCAUGCCUUUUCCUUUGCGUAUUUGGAACUAAAACAAGAGCAGGAGAGAGCCCAGGCUCGGCUGAAAUGCAUCCAAAAGGCAGAAAAGCAUUCCGAGAAUGAAGGAUUAAAUGACACGAGCAAUUGUGUUUCUGGAGACCCAGAUUGUUCCAGUGAACUUAGUGACAAAGAGAAAAAAUCUUUCAAUUACUUGUAAUUUUAAGGAUUGAUUCAAUGUUGCUUCUUACUUGUACCGAAUUACAUGAAUAUACAGCACUAAGUGGCCAUUUGCCCAGGUAACCCGUGAUGGUGGUUUAUACUCCAUACAAAUCUUCUCCCAUUCCAUCUACCUCAUCUCAGAUGUUCACAAUAUAUUUCUAUUCCCUCUCUCUAUCUUGUUUCAUUCUGAAUGCAUCCAAGAUCUCUGUCUUAAACGCACCUAAAAACAGUGCAUUCCACUUGCCAACCUUUUCCUCAAAUAAAAAGACACCUAUUCUUAUUUUCAUUUUGGAAUUAUUAAUUACUCUCAUGCACUUAUGGCCCCUGGUUAAAGAAAGAUCAGCCAUGAUUGAAUAACGGCAUAGACCUGAUGGGCCAAAUGGCCUAAUUCUGCAUCUUAGAACAUGAAUUUAUGAACUUAUGGUAUUGGAUUCUUCAACGGGAAGUAUUGGGGGUAAAUAUUAACCCUCAUCCUUGGACGGGUCGUGAUUGGCUGAGAACUUGAAAUUAGACAAAAAUCUGAAACCGGAAUCCGAUUUGCAUAAAAUCUGCUCCCUUCCUAUUAAAUUAAACGGCUGAAGGAGCGGCCAACCAGUCCUCACCCUGGAAGAGGGAUCACGGGAUAAACCCCCGAAAGGCAAUACAGUGCUUCCAUUUUAAAACAAAUUACUUUUACGGUACCUCGUGAUAGCAGAAUUUCCAGGCUUUGAGAAAUCCAGCAAGUAACAAAAGGGCCAGUCCAACAGGUCAGUGCCUAAUGGAUCCAAAGAAGAACCAUAUGGGUCUACAUCCAACAAGAUUAAUCUGAGAAUUUCUGCAAUAUAUCCUAUGAUUGUUUAUUAUUUGCUUGAACCCCAUCUUGAGAACUACCUGUACUCUACCUGAGUGCUGCCCCUCCCACUAACAGCAAGUUCCUCUAAAUUUACAGGUAUGCCACCAAAAGUGAUUUCUCCUGUGACCAACAUCUUCAAACCUCUGAGAUCCCACACAAGAGGUGUGCAGUGAUCGCUCCCCUUUGCCAUUUUCUGCAGCCCCAUCACCCUGUAACUACCACCUCCAUCCUUGACUCUUGCCUUCUACCAUGUAUCAUCUCUAGCCCCAAGGACAAUGUCUUUCUUCCUCACCGUUAGCUCCCCGAGGGAUCUCUCUCCAGCAAUCACUCCCUUCUUCAUAACCUGGUCCUCUACUGUAUGUUGAAUGCUCCUCCAGGCAAUGAGCAACUAACAUAUAAACUUAGCUGGUUGCCAGCUACAAAACCUGAAGAAAUUAUUUGAAUAUUGAUUUCUCUAACUUCAAAUAACCCUUAAAUCCCUGUCCCA